AUGUGUUUAAGCCCUUCUGAAAAUAUUUCAUUGAUUUGCUUACGAUAUUAUUAUCUAUCUAUUCAGCCAGUAUCAUGGCAAUCAUUAGCGGCCAUCCUUUUAGCUGGUGGUCUGGUAGCUGCAUAUGUUCGCUGGGAAAAAGGAAAUAAACGUGAAGAAAUCCGUAAACAAAAAUCUCGAACUAUUGGAAUUGCAUCCCUAGGUGGUGAAUUUACCCUAACCGAUCACACUGGCAAAGUAAAAACAAAUGAAAGUUUCCUUGGUCAGUGGAUAAUUAUUUACUUUGGAUUUACUCACUGUCCAGAUAUUUGCCCUGAUGAGUUAGAUAAACUAACUGCAGCAAUCAAGAUCGUAGACGAUCUCAAAAAGGUGCCCUAUAAACUGCAACCGCUGUUUGUCUCGGUCGAUCCUGAACGAGAUACGCCUAAGCAGAUGGCUGAAUAUAUUAAAGAUUUUCAUCCGAGAUUGAUUGGUUUAACUGGUACCAAAGAACAGGUAGAUAAAGUUACCAAGGCGUACCGCGUCUAUUAUAGCUUUGGGCCCAAAGAUUCGGACAACGAUUACAUUGUUGACCACUCUAUUAUUAUGUACCUAAUUGAUCCAGAAGGAAAUUUUAAGGAAUAUUAUGGGCAAAAUCGUUCAGCUAAGGAAAUUGCUGCAUCUGCCGUAAAUCAUAUGCUUAAAUACAAAGCUGUAAAUGGCUAA